AUGGCAUCUGUGGACCAGGAUUGGCAGGUGUUUGACUCAAGCCGGACCCCGUACUUUGAGGACCCCGUGAACCUCAAGUGCGGCUACAUCUGCUGCCACCGGUGCCUGCGCGCCCUGCCCACGGAGCCGGGCGGCCAGGGGGUGCGGUGCUCCAACUGCUCCAAGGUUUCUCAGACGGCCGACAUCAAGCCCAACAGAGUGCUGGGCAGGCUGGCGGCCAAGGCCAAGGCGAUGGAGCCCCAGAUGGCAUCCGUCCUGCAGAUGGACCCCAAGAUUAGCAAGUUCCACGUGGACAUGACCUUGGACGUGGACACUGCCCACAACUACCUCACCAUCUCCGAGGACCUGCAGCGGGUCCGCAUCGGGGAUCUCCCACAGGGGCGCCGAGCCCACCCUGGGAGAUUCAACGACUCCCCCUGUGUCCUGGGCUCUCCCCACUUCACCUCCGGUCGCCACUACUGGGAGGUGGACGUGGGGAGCAGCCGGCAGUGGAACCUGGGCCUCUGCAGGGAGUCGGCCCCCCGGCAGGACGAGGUGGUCCUGUCCGUGGAGCUCGGCUUCUGGACCGUGAGCUGCCAGGACGGGAACCAGUUCAUCGCCGGCACCGAGCCGGCCUUGGGGCUCAUGGUCCAGCCCCGCCUGCACCGCCUGGGCCUCUUCCUGGACGUGGAGAUGGGGACCUUCUCCUUCUACCACGUGGCCGAUGGGUCCCACGUGUUCACGUUCCCCGCCAUUUCGGCUGGGGAGCCCCUGCGCCCCUUUUUCGGGCCUGCGGAUUGCACAGGGGAUGCUGAGAGCUGGCUGGCCCUCUGUCCCUGA